AUGGUUAAUUCUAAAGGAAAGAUCACUGACUCAGAUCCUGUGUCCGAUCAUCUGUUACUAAAUGGACUUGCGGAUAAGGCAGAGAAAAAUCAGGAAAUGGGACUCAAGAAGAGCCUAUGUAGCCAGUAUGAGGAGAAAGUGCGCCCCUGCAUUGACCUCAUCGACUCCCUUCGUGCCCUGGGCGUGGAGCAGGACCUGGCCCUGCCCGCCAUCGCUGUCAUCGGAGACCAGAGCUCGGGCAAGAGCUCAGUGCUGGAGGCCCUGUCAGGGGUCGCCCUUCCCAGAGGCAGCGGUAUUGUCACAAGGUGUCCUCUGGUGCUGAAGCUGAAGAAGCUCAUGAAUGAGGAUGAAUGGAGAGGCAAAGUCAGCUACCAGGACUUUGAGACGGAGAUUUCAGACCCUUCGGAGGUGGAGGAGGCAAUCAAUACAGCCCAGAAUGCCAUCGCCGGGGAAGGACUGGGGAUCAGUCAUGAGCUAAUCAACCUGGAGGUCAGCUCCCCUCAUGUCCCGGAUCUGACCCUGAUAGACCUCCCUGGCAUCACCAGGGUGGCUGUGGGCAAUCAGCCGGCCGACAUCGGACGCCAGACCAAGCAACUCAUCAGGAAGUACAUCGUUAAGCAGGAGACGAUCAACCUGGUGGUGGUCCCUUGCAAUGUGGACAUCGCCACCACAGAGGCACUGAGCAUGGCUCAGGAGGUGGACCCUGAUGGAGACAGGACCAUAGGCAUCUUGACAAAGCCUGACCUGGUGGACAGAGGCACCGAAGACAAGGUGGUCGACGUGGCACAAAACCUCGUCUGUCACCUGAAGAAGGGCUACAUGGUCGUCAAGUGCCGGGGCCAGCAGGACAUCCAGGACCAGCUGAGCCUGGCCGAGGCUCUGGAGAAAGAGAGAGUCUUCUUUGAGGACCACCCACAUUUCAGGGUUCUCCUGGAGGAAGGAAGGGCCACCGUGCCCUGUCUGGCGGACAGACUGACCACUGAACUCAUCAUGCACAUCUGCAAAUCUCUGCCCCUGUUAGAGAAUCAAAUAAAGGAGAAUCAUGAGAAAAUAACAGAGGAAUUACAAAAGUAUGGCUCAGAUGUACCAGAAGACGAACACGAAAAAAUGUUUUUUCUGAUAGAUAAAAUCAAUGCGUUUAAUCAUGACAUCACCUCUUUAAUACAAGGGGAGGAGUCUGUGGGGGAGGGUGAGAGUCGGCUGUUCACCAAAAUCAGACAUGAAUUCCACAAGUGGAGCACCGUGAUUGAAAAGAAGUUCCAGAAAGGGUACAAAGCGAUAUAUAAAGAAAUUGAGAAAUUUGAAAAUCGGUAUCGGGGCAGAGAGCUGCCGGGAUUUGUCAAUUACAAGACGUUUGAGAUUAUUAUCAAACAGCAAAUCAGAGAGCUGGAGGAGCCAGCUGUCGACAUGCUGCGCACGGUAACCGAUAUGGUCCAGCUUGCCUUUGCAAAUAUUUCAAAAGGAAACUUUGAUGAAUUUUUCAACCUCUACAGAACAACCAAGUCCAAAAUCGAAGACAUUAAGUUUGAACUGGAAAACGAAGCGGAGAAGUCGAUCCGACUUCACUUCCAAAUGGAGCAGAUUGUCUACUGUCAGGACCAGAUCUACCAGCGGGCACUGCAGAGGGUCAGGGAGAGGGUUUCGGAGGAGGAGAAGAGGAAUAAAAAAACAAACAGUCCGAUCUCUGAAGAAGUUUCUUCAGGGAGCGUCUCCUUGUGUGAAAUCUUUGAGCAUCUGCUGGCCUACCGCCAGAGCGGUAUCUCCUCACCCGGUUCUCGUGAAUACUCUGGGAGCUGA